AUCUUUCUCUUCUUGUCAGUACUGGGGUUUCCACCGCAAGGUACCACGGGCGUGAAAUAAGUAAAGAGGGCUACAUGAUGCAAAGCUUAGAGGCGUCUGCUGAAAGGAAAAUCAGGAAAAGAGUAUGUGGAUUUUGAUGUGCUCAAGCGUUUUAUAGCCUCUGGUUUAGACCCUCUCUCUUCUCUAUGCGCAGCCGCUGAUUCCACUCACUACUGACCUCACUAUAGUCCGCAUUGUUUGCAGUCGCCUUCCUUCAAGAGUGGGCGGUUGUUAUCAGUUUCCAGUAAUUUCACAAUGACAGAUGCUGUGAUGGGCACAAAAGGUGUCCAUGUGCAGUCUGGACCUCUUGGCGCUGAGCUGACUGAUGAAGAGAAGGAGAUCAUCAACAGCGUAAUUGCCCGGGCUGAAAAAAUGGAGGCAAUGGAGCAAGAGAGGAUUGGACGUCUGGUGAAUCGUCUAGACAACAUGAAAAAAGCAGUUUGUGGGGAUGGAGUGUCACGCUGCCUUUUAUGUGGAGAGCAACUGGCUGCAGGAGGUGACAGAUCAGUGGUUUGUGAGGACUGUAAAAAGAACAUGUGCACCAAGUGUGGAGUGCAGACUAACACUCGGCCACGGUCUGUAUGGCUCUGCAAGAUCUGCAGUGAACAAAGAGAGGUAUGGAAACGAUCUGGAGCCUGGUUCUUUAAAGGUCUCCCUAAGCAGUUCUUACCCUCACCUAUGCCCGUUUCCAGACCCAAAGAUCCCAGUCCUCAAAAGACCCCUGCAGCACCUCCAGUUGCUAUGCAAUCUCAAGCACCGGUCGCAGAACCAACAAUGGAUCCACCAACCACCCAAAAACCACCUGUGGCUCCAAAACCUGCUCACCUUCAAACUCGGAGUUACUCAGAGGCAGAAGGAGAGGCUGGAAGCCCCCAGAAUACUCCAGUGAUGAUGAAAAAGACUGUGAAUGUCCAUGCUGCCAGACCAAACUCAUCCAGCAUGUUCCAGCCAGCUGCUCAGGAGGCAGAGAGAGGAGCCUACCCAUCCAUUAGCAAUGCUUCCAAUGUGCAGGAAAGAGCCCAUCCUGCAGAGAGGGACGACCAAAAGUCUGCUGUCAUCCCUCGACCCGGCCAGCAUCAGGCUGCCCCAACAAUGGACGACGAGGAAGAGGCCAACAGCUAUGACUCAGAUGAAGCAACAACUCUUGGAGCACUGGAGUUCACUUUACUCUAUGACCAAGGGAACAGCAGCCUCCAUUGCAACAUUGUUAGAGGAAAGGGUUUAAAGCCAAUGGAUUCGAAUGGACUGGCAGAUCCAUAUGUUAAGCUUCAUCUGCUACCAGGUGCAAGUAAGUCAAAUAAAUUACGUACCAAGACCCUACGCAAUACUCGCAACCCAAACUGGAAUGAGACGCUGGUGUACCAUGGCCUGACAGAUGAGGAUAUGCAGCGCAAGACCCUCAGAAUAUCUGUCUGUGAUGAAGACAAGUUUGGCCACAAUGAGUUUAUUGGAGAAACCAGAGUUGCACUGAAAAAACUCAAGGUCAAUCAGAAGAAAAACUUUAAUGUGUGUUUAGAAAGGGUUGUCCAAACAAAAAGAACAUCAACUGCAGGUGGUGCACGAGGAAUCACCCUCUAUGAGGAUGAGACUGGAAAAGAAGGCACUGAGCAUGAAGAGAGAGGACGUAUCCUGAUAUCCCUCAUGUACAACAGCCAGCAGAGUCGUCUCAUUGUAGGUGUUAUACGCUGUGUUCACUUAGCAGCAAUGGAUGCAAAUGGCUACUCUGAUCCCUUUGUCAAAAUAUGUCUGAAACCUGAUAUGGGGAAGAAAGCGAAGAACAAGACGCAGACCAAGAAGAAGACACUCAACCCAGAGUUUAAUGAGGAAUUCAGCUAUGAAAUUAAGCAUGCAGAGCUGGCCAAAAAGACUCUUGAUAUCUCAGUAUGGGACUACGACAUUGGCAAAUCCAACGAUUAUAUAGGAGGCUGCCAGCUGGGAAUCACUGCCAAAGGUGAGCGUUUGAAGCACUGGUACGAAUGCCUAAAGAACAAAGACAAGAAGAUUGAGCGUUGGCAUACUCUUUUCAAUGAGAAUCACAUCUCCAGUGAUUAGGCUCUUUAAGCUUUGUGCAUGCCUUUCACUUACGUUGUACUUGGCCCAUUUGCCAACCCCAUUCCCCUCCACUAACUGCAUAUCUUGGGCUAUACCGAUCUUGUUCUUGUCCGGCUGACACAUGAUAUGCUUUCAAAGAACAUAAUGUGAUGUCUGGAGCUCUUCUGUUCACUGUGACCUACAUACAAACGACUAUCGGUUAGCAUUGAAAAGUAAAAGAACUGCACAGUUAUGUCAUGUCAUGUUCUCUUAUCUGGCCAAAGUAGCAUUGUGUUUUUUUUAAGUUAUAGUUUAAGAACAACUGUAAAAACUCCAAAUAUUUACCUUGUUGUGGGAAUGCGUUAAUAUCAUGUCUCUUAGCAACCUUUUAUUAAAAAGCAUAAUGAAAGUCUUUCUCCUUAAAAACAAAAAAAAGAGGCAGAUACAGAAUAUAUAAGCCCUAUUUUAACCAGUUUUACCCAGUCUUAGAAUGUUUACAUGUCAUAUAGAAUGUCAGGUAAAAUCCUUCAACAUCAAAUUUACAUAAUUAUUUCAAACAAAUAGGCAAACAACAUGUAGGGAUGUUUACACAGCACAGAUAAGACUGAAUCCAAAGAAUGUUUAAACCAUUAUGAAUCGUUUUAUGUGAUCUGUUUGGCAAGGAUACAUUUAGACAUAGUUAGGUUAGGUAGUCUUCUAAUGAAAACAAUUUUGUAACACAUUGCUUGGAAUGUCUGGUUUAUAACAACACUUCUAUGUAAGCACACUAUUCCACAAAACCCCUUCAAUCAUGCAUCUUAUUUGUGGUUUGUAAUGCGCUAAAAAUACAAAUGCCUUGCGUGAAGACAACAGCUUCCAUGGACAAAUUAAAUUACUUCAUAAAAGAACAGACUAAAAGAGUCUAAUGGCUGUGAAGCAAGCCAAGAUUACUUUAAUUAGUCACCUGCAGCCUGUUUGUCUUGUGACUGCAGUCCAAUCACAGGAUUGCAUCAGGAAAGCACAUUUACAAUGGAAUGACCUCAGCAUUUCCAUUCUUUGCUGUUAUUAUAACCAGCUCUUAUGCAUGAGAGUGUCUGUGAUCAUAGUGAAUUCAAUUUAUUUUCUUUGUAUAAUUUACUCCCCUAGAUGAGAUUACAGUUUACCAACAAACGUUUGGCAGCGACACUUCUGGGAUCUUCUGGAACCCAGAAACAGAGCUGUUGCGCUGAUUUUACAUUUUGAACCAUAAUUGUGGUGACAAUACAUUUGGUAUUAUACCUUUGGUCCUAUAACACCAAAUGAUCAUCAUUGAUAUAACAGGACCUGGUCUCGGCACCACUGCGGUAUUGGCUAUUUAUGAAAAUAUAUGAGAAUGAAAUCUUUUCAAAGAUGAAAAAAUAUGAAAAUGUUGUUGUUGAUUUUGAAUGCUCUAACUUAGCAUUCAUAUAAGUAACUUUAAAUUCAAAAACAUUGUUUAUUAAACCUAAACAAUAUAAAAAAUUAUUAUUUAUGUGAUCAAAUGUGUAUUUAAAUGAAAAAAGGGGUGGGCGAUGUGAUCAAAAUCUUAUAUCAUGAUAUGAGUAAUUUUAUUUCAUGAUAACGAUAUAUAUAUAUAUAUAUAUAUAUAUAUAUAUAUAUAUAUAUAUAUAUAUAUAUAUAUAUAUAUAUAUUUGAUACCAUUAAAUUUUCAUAAUUGUUGUAAUCAAUUUCAAUAUCACAAAAAACUACUAGCCUAUGUU